UAGAUAACACAAUUGACCGUCCCAUGUGCAGCACAUGGCUUCCAGUUCCAAAAAAAUUCUACAACCACUCAAUGCCAAAAAGACACCCACAACCACAAACAACCCUCUUCUUCUUCUUCCCUCAUUCCUUCCUCACAUCCUCUCUGUAUUCCAGAUAAGCCUGAAAGAGUACAUAUGAACCUCACUAGAUCCAAAACAACAUGCCUGUUUUCACUAUUUAUUUCCUUCUUCAUCCUCUCAUCUUACACUACUCAUGACCAGACCAGCACCAGUGGCUGCUCAUCCUUCUAUGCUUGGAUCCUCCUGCUUGCAGGGGCUUUUCUCGUUGCAGCAUUGGCCAUUGUUGCUCUCCGCGCCACCGUCGUGACAUGGAUCACCGUGUUGGUUCUCCUAACCGUCGCUGGAAAGCGUCGCCGGGUUCUUGUUUCUGAGGGAAAGAAGAUCACCACUGAUGUUGCAGUGUACCUGGUCAAGGUUGUGCUCAAAGAAAGAGGCCUUUUUGCUGUUACAACUUGUGCAACUGUUCUAAGCUUAAUGGCCAUGGCUUUUAGCUUUUAAUAUAGGUACCCUUUUUUCUUUGCCCCUUGUAGAAAUUUGAACUCUCAGUCUUCUACUUCAAAAUGUAAGAAAGUACUACUGAUAGGCAUGAUGAAUUAUUUUAAAGUAUGAUCAUGUAUAUAUAUAUAAAUAUAUGUAUAUGUAUAUAUGAAAUGAUCCUUUAAAACUUUUUAGGAUUUGCUUUAUGUUA